AAUACAACCUAAACGUUUUGUGACCUAACCUUUGUUAAUUUUACUGUUUGGAAUGUGUGAAACAAAUUGUGAUUUUAAAGAAAAAACAUUUCAAAACUAAUUUGUACAUAUUUAAAAGUUACAUUAUUCAUUUCUAAGUUAUUAUAAAUAUAAUUUAUAACUGUACUAGCUAUAUUUUACAAUGGCCGAGGAAGAAAAACCUUUAAUGUUCCAUGAGAUGGAGUUAGAUGAUCGAAUAUUAAAAGCAGUUGCAAAAUUAGGGUGGCAAACUCCAACCUUAAUACAAGAGAAGGCAAUACCACUUUUACUGGAAGGAAAAGAUGUUUUAGUAAAAGCAAGAACAGGAUCGGGUAAAACGGCAGCAUUUGCGAUCCCAGUUAUUCAGAAAAUCUUAAACUUUAAGCAAACCUCUAUGCACCAAGAAAUAAAAGCUGUAAUAUUGGCUCCUAGUAAAGAAUUAUGUCACCAAAUUUGCAAAGUAGUCAAGGAUUUAACUAUUAAAUGUUCCAGAGAGGUUAAAUGUAUAGAUAUUGCUCAACAAGAAGAUUUAACUGUACAAAAACCACUUUUGGUAGAGAAACCUGAUAUUGUUAUAACCACUCCUUCUAAAGCUUUACAGCAUUUAAAAGCAGGAAAUUUAAAUUUAAAGAAAUCUCUGGAAAUUAUUGUUAUUGAUGAAGCUGAUUUGGUAUUCUCAUUUGGAUAUGAAGAUGAAGUCAAACAACUAUUAGAAUAUCUACCUAAUAUAUACCAAGCCAUCUUAGCUUCAGCAACUCUAAGUAACGAUGUAAAGUCCCUGAAAGAAAGGAUACUUCACAAUCCUGUCACAUUAAAACUGGAAGAGCCAGAAUUAGCACCGGCAAGUCAAUUAACUCAUUACCAUUUAAAAGCUGAAGAGCUAGAUAAGGCUACUAUUUUGUAUGCUUUAUUAAAACUUCAUUUAAUUAGAGGCAAAACGAUAAUUUUUGUUAAUACUGUGGAUAAGUGUUAUAAAAUAAAGUUGUAUCUAGAACAAUUUGGAAUUCGAGCAUGUGUACUAAAUUCAGAGCUACCAGCAACAAUCAGAUGUCAUUCGGUGAAUCAAUUCAAUCAUGGAAUCUAUGAUAUUAUAGUAGCAUCAGAUGAAAAAGCUUUAGAAGAACCAGGAAAUGCCAAUCAGAAUCGUCAAAUUAAAUCCAAAAGGCAAAAAGAUAAAAACAGUGGCGUUUCGAGAGGAAUUGACUUUCAGUUUGUAGCCAAUGUUAUAAACUUUGAUUUUCCAUUAGAUGCCCAUUCGUACAUUCACAGAGCAGGAAGGACAGCAAGAGGAAAUAAUCAGGGAAGUGUACUUUCAUUUGUUAGCAUCAAGGAAACGCCGUUAUUAGAUGAAGUAGAAGAUAAGCUGAAACAUUGUGAGGGAACUUCUAUUUUUAAGUCAUAUCAGUUCAGACUGGAGGAGGUUGAAGCUUUUAAAUACCGAGCUAAAGAUGCUUGGAGGGCUGUAACAAAGAUAGCUGUUCGUGAAGCAAGGUUGAAAGAAAUAAAACAAGAAAUAUUUAAUUGCCAGAAAUUAAAGAGCUAUUUUGAAGAUAAUCCAAAUGACCUCCAAAUUUUACGUCACGACAAAGCGCUGCAUACCGUACGAGUUCAGCAACAUCUGUCCGAUGUUCCAGAGUAUAUUAUUCCAGAAACGUUAAAGAAUAUUACUGGCAUAUCGAAACGCACAAAACGAAAACGUAACUUCAAUAAAUCAGAGAACAAGAAAUUUAAGGGUAAGCAGAAUAAUCCUCUUGCCUGUAUGGAGUUUGUAGGAUUUAAGAAGAAAAAGGUGGCGAAAUAAUAUAUUUUUGUGUUUUUAUAUUUGUUAUGACAAUAUAAAUAAAUUAUAUUAUCUUUAAA